AUGUUCAUAUCUUCAAAAGCAGGACUGGUUCAAUUCGUUCUUAUUGUGAUCGGAGUGAUGGUCGUAUUUAGUGGGGAAGGUUGCUUAUGCAGCAAUCCAGCGCAAGGGAAAAAGAAGAAGGGACGCGGAGUAGGGUCAUUGGUAGAUAAAGUACUGGAUAAAGCAGUGGCUAAGGUGGUGGAGAGAGUAGAGGAGAGAGUAGAGAAGAAAGCAGUAGCUAAAGUGACAAAGAAGGUGACAAAAGAGAUAGUACGCAAAGGGGGUGGCGGUUUGAUGGAGCGUGUGAUGGGUAGGUUUCGAAAGAGUUAA